AUGGAUAACGAGUUUGCAUUCUGGCAUCUAGACGCCUUGGACGAUGACCCUCGCGUGAUCGGGGCGGUGAUGUGGAUGCGCUACCAAUUCAGCUCCCCUUUGGAUAUCGGUAUUCUUGAUGAGGCCAUCCAGGCGGCACGAUGGGCAGUAGAGCGUGGCGAAGACUCAGAUCUUAGCGAAUGCUCUCAACUCUACUUCGACCUGGGAGUUCGGCUUGACGCCCGUUCAGACCUGACCCACUCAAUUGACGAUCUGAGUCAGGCGAUGUCGGCCUUUGAAGCUGCAGUUGACCUCACGGCGGACGAUGAUCCCAACCAGUUUGAGCGUCUCAAUCGACUGGGUGCUUCCCGACUCGAGUACUUCGAACGCGUCGGCAUGCUCGAUGACCUGAAUAGUGCCGUCACAACCUUCUUCCGCGCCUUCGAGCUCCUCCCAGAAGGCCAUCUCGACAAACCGAUGCUAUCAAGCAACCUCGGCAAGUCGCUUCGCACGCGCUUCAAGCGCACUGGAGAGCUCGAUGAUAUCAACCAGGCCGUUUCGUUGCAUUGCUGCGCCAUCGAGCUUACACCGGAUGACCAUCCAAUCAAGCUAUCGCACUUCAGUAACCUCGGCAACUCCCUUCUAGCGCGCUUCGAGCGCACAGGUGAGUUUGAUGAUAUCGAGUGGGCCGUCUGGACGCAUCGCUGCGCUCUCGAGCUCAUACCUGCUGGUCACCUUGACGAGCCCUCGCAUUUCAGCAACCUGGGAAGCUCGCUUCUCGCCCGUUUCGAGCGCACUGGGGAGCUCAGUGAUGUCGAACAGGCCAUCUCGUCGUAUUAUCAUGUGGUCAUGCUCACAUCGGAUGGCGACCCUGACAAGCCCUCGCAUCUCAGCAACCUCGGUAACUCGUUUAGAGCACGCUUUCAGAGCACUGGGUACCUCAAUGACAUCGAGUGGGCCAUCUCGUCGCAUCGCCGUGCAGUCGGGCUCACGCCCGAGAACCAUACGGGCAAGCCAUUGCUUUUCAGCAACCUGGGCAAUUCAUAUCUCACGCGCUUCGAGCGCACUGGGGAACUUGUUGACAUUGAACAGGGCAUCUCGUCGCACCGGAGUGCAGUGGAGUUCACACCAGAGAACCACCCAGACAAGCCGGCGCGAUUCAGUAACCUCGGCAACUCGCUUCUAGCACGCUUCGAGCGCACUGGAGAGCUUGUUGACAUUGAAGAGGCCAUCUCGUCGCAUCGUCGCGCAGUAGAGCUCACGCCCGACAAUCACCCCAACAAGCCGAUGUCGCUCAGCAAUCUGGGUGGCUCACUUCACAGAUACUUCGAGCGCACCGGGGAGCUCGUUGAUAUCGAGCAGGCAAUCUCAUCGUUUCGCCAUGCAGUCGAGCUCACCACCAAGAAUCAUCCUGGCAAACCAAUACUUUUCACCAACCUGGGCUCUUCGCUUCAUACUCGCUUUCAGCACACCGGGGAGCUCGAUGAUCUAAAGCAGGCAAUCACAUUGCAACGCCGCGCACUAGAGCUUACACCGGAUGGACACCCAGACAGGCUGUUGCGACUCACGAGCCUAGGCAACUCGCUAGGCGCUCACUUUGCACGCACCGGGGAUCUUGCCGACAUCGAAGAGGCCAUCUCCUCACAUCGUCGCGCGGUGGAGCUUACACCGGAUGGCCACGCCAAUAAGUCAAUGAGGUUCAGCAACCUCGGUAGCUCGCUUUCCGAGCGCUUCAAGCGCACUGGGGAGCUCGACGAUAUCGAGCAAGCCGUCUUGUCGCAUCGUCGGGCAGUUGAACUCACGCCAGAUUUCCAUCCUGACAAGCCGUCGCGUGUGAGCAACUUGGGCAUCUCGCUUCACAUGCGUUUUGAGCGCACCGGGGAGCUCAACGACAUUGAGGAGGCCAUCUCGUCACAUCGCUGCGCUCUCGAGCUCACACCAGAUGACCACCCCGACAAGCCGGCACGAUUCAGUCACCUCGGUGGCUCGCUUCUCAUGCGCUUCGAGCGCGCCGGCGGGGAGCUCGAUGAUGUUGAGCAGGCCGUCUCGUCACAUCGCUGUGCUGUAGAGCUUACACUCGAUGGUCACCCAUCCAAGCUGUCACGACUUAACAACCUAGGGAUCUCGCUUGGCAUGCACUUUGAGUGCACCGGCGAACUUGUUGACAUUGAACAGGCCAUCUCGUUGCAUCGUCGUGCGGUGGAGCUCACGCCGGACGACCAUCCCAACAAGUCAUUGUGGUUGAGGAACCUGGGGAACUCGUUUAGGAGCCUUUACGAGUUUGCUGGAAGUGGCCCGACUGACUGCACGGCCGCUAUCGAGUGUUACAUGGAGGCAACAAUGUACACAUCUGGCAGUCCUUCGAUUCGCCUCGAUUGCGCCUUACGCUGUAUCCACCUUCUACACCAGAAUCCCUCCGUAAGCACCACAGAGUCACUCUUGUCGGCACACUCGCGUAUCAUUGCCGUUCUUCCCGAAAUAGUCUGGCUUGGAUAUGAUAUUCAGCGACGCUAUAGCGAAUCGUCUCGAAUAGGCGAACUCAUCAAUGCUGCAGUCUCUGUAGCCACGGCCGCUGGUGCCCUGAUGCUGGCUGUAGAGUGGCUCGAGGCGGGCAGAUCGCUCAUCUGGGGUCAAGUCUUGUCGCUGCGCACGCCGCUCGAUGACCUGAACGACUCUCAUCCCAGGCUCGCGGCAUCUCUUCGUCGUGUCCAACAAGGUCUGCUGUCAUCUGCGCGGACCUCAUUCGCUCCGGAAACGCUCACAGUCAGUGAGAUCCCCGGGCUCACAACCAAUCAUGCGGUUGAUGCCCAUCGCGCGCUUGCCAUCGAGCACGAUGGCCUAUUGAAACAGAUUCGUACAUGCCCCGGCUUCGAAGGUUUCCUGCUUCCAAAGUCGUUCGACGCGCUCACAGCCUCAUUGAAGAUGCUGAACGGCCCCGUCGUCUUCGUCAACGUAACCGCAUCGCGCUGUGAUGCACUUAUACUUUAUCCAAGUGGCAAGAUGCUGCUGGUUCCACUCCCUGAACUCUCGCUGGAACGAGCGAGCCAACUUCGUUCGCUGUGGGUCAUAGAGCUCGCACACUUUAGAGACCGCAUACGCGACUCGGUCAUCUUGAACCAAGAGUCGCCGCUGGACGAGGAGGCUCAGCAGUUGGCUCAUGAUAUCGCACUCGCUCGUCAUACAUCGCUCGUGUCCGAUGAUGAAGACGACGCCACUCAUCUACUCGAGCGCCUAUGGAACUGGAUCGUUGAUCCCAUCAUCCAAUCUCUCCAGUUUGCAGAGAGUCGCGACUACGAGGGUGUUCUUCCACAUAUGACAUGGUGUCCCACAGGGCCGCUAACACAGCUCCCACUCCAUGCCGCAGGUGUAUACAGCGAUCCCCUCGGUCCACGCGCAUUCAAUCUCGUCGUCUCGUCGUACACCCCUUCGCUAUCCGCGCUCCUACGUUGCCUUGAAGGCUUACCCCACCGGGACACGUCACCGUCUGUCCUCAUCGUCACGCAGCCGGCCACGCCGAGGUGCUCGCCACUUCCGGGCACCCGGGAAGAGAAGCGCCGCCUGCGAGAGGUCCUCCACGGCGCACAGAUUGCGAGCAGCGAAUACGAUCACGAUAAGGCCACCGUGAAGUCCAUCCAAGGUGUCAUAGACCAGCAUAACUGGGUGCACCUCGCAUGCCACGGCUCGCAGCAUCGCACGGACGCGACGAAGAGCGCGUUUCAGCUCUACGACGGUCCGUUGACGCUCUCGGACCUCAUGGGCACCGUGUCCGAGAAUGCGGAGCUCGCUUUCCUAUCGGCAUGUCAGACGGCUGUAGGGGACGCAAAUACACCAGAGGAAUCCGCUCACCUAGCAGCAGGCAUGCUCGCGGUCGGCUUCAAGGGCGUCAUUGCGACCAUGUGGUCAAUUGGCGACGCGGACGCGCCCAUCGUCGUGGAGGCAUACUACAAGGAGCUCAUCGCUCUGCGUAAUUCCGGUACGCUCAGGGGUGGGGAGACGGGCGCGGCGUAUGCGCUGCACGCUGCAACAAAGGUUCUACGGGAGAAGGUUAGCGAGGCAGCGUUCAUGCGAUGGGUUCCGUUCGUUCAUUUCGGAGUUUGA